AGACUGCUGACUUACACAGACAGAGACAGAGAGCUGAACGCAAAGAUGCUGAGAUUUCAUUACGUGACUGUGGCCCUGGUCUUAUAUUUAAAAGGGUCCCUUUCCCAGCUCAGUGUAUGUGGUCGUCCACCCUUAAACACCCGUGUUGUUGGUGGACAGAAUUCCUCGGCUGGGGCAUGGCCAUGGCAGGUUAGUAUACAGCACCCUGUAUAUAAAGGUCAUUUCUGUGGAGGAUCCCUCAUCAACAAAGACUGGGUUUUGACAGCAGCCCAGUGUUUCUCCAGCACUAACACUUCUGGCCUCACUGUGUAUUUGGGGAAACAGACUAUAAAUGGCUCUAAUCCCAAUCAAAUUGCAAGAGGUGUUAAACAGGUGAUCCUUCACCCCAACUACAACAAUGUAACUUUCAACAAUGACAUUGCCCUUCUGCUUCUGAGCUCCUCCGUCACCUUCACAAACUACAUCAGACCAGUGUGUCUUGCUGCUCAAAGCAGCAAUUUUCCAGCUGGAACCAAUUGCUGGGUCACAGGCUGGGGAAGCAUCGCAUAUGGAGUGAGCUUGCCAUCUCCUGGUGUGCUGCAAGAGGCAACGGUUCCCACUGUCUGUACAUGUCUUUGUGAUUAUCUACUGGGAUUAGGGUCCAUUACCACAAACAUGAUCUGUGCUGGUUAUCUCCAAGGUGGUGUAGACACUUGCCAGGGGGAUUCUGGAGGUCCAAUGGUGACUAAGAAGGGUGCAGUCUGGGUUCAGGCUGGUAUCACUAGCUGGGGUUGGGGCUGUGCUCUGCCCAGAUUACCUGGUGUGUAUACUCUGGUGUCCCAGUACCAGAGCUGGAUAACCAGUGUCAUCCAAGUAAAUCUGCCUGGCUUUGUCACGUACUAAAUCAGUGCGAGGACCAGUGGUUUUUUACUGAGAAAUUUGAUAAACAAAACUUAUAUUUGAGCUUUUGUAAUUAUGAUGAAUAUUGUGAUAAUCAUCAUGCACUUAAAAUUAAAUAUAUUUUGCUUGAGCAGAAACAUUUGACUUCACACAUUGCUACAGUACUACAAAGAUUUUCUUCAAACCAACUACAGCCAAAUGAGGGAUAUGAAUCUGCAGUGUUCAUGAUCAGAGUCUUAAUUUAAACAAGUGGCAAUAAAUAUA